GCCAGCCAGACCACAGGCCCUCUGCGUUACAUCGCUCCGCAAACACGGGUACGCAUAGUGGACAACAGCGAAUUCAGUAGUAUCGCUGCUGAGAAAAAAGUGCGAAAGGGUAGCACUAGUGGUGCAGCAGCAGCAGCAGCGGCAGCUCAGAAGGCCGGAUCAGCCGGCGACGAUCACGACAAGGUCACCGAUGUGAGCAGUUUCCUGCGGGUUGGCACCAGCGCGACGGCCAAACGGAAGCCCAUGGUCAUCAGGGUCUAUAACUACCGCGAUCGGGGAGCUACUGGUCAGUUGUCCAACAACGUGGUUCUCAUCGAUGAUGAGGGCAACCCCCUGGGCACGCGCAUCCUCGUGCCCAUCCCGGCCAAGCUGCGCUCCCUGAAGGGCGAUAUCACGAAGAUCCUCUCUAUUGCAACCUCUUUUGUUUGA